GUGCGCGAUUCGAUUUACGUCUCGUGUAAUUUGUGCGUGUACUGGACCCUUUGCCUAACGCUACUCCGUGUUGCUACACUAGGAGAAGGGUCAGCAAAAUAGCAAAGCUCAACGCAGCGGAGUUUACUACCCGUUUUUCGUUCAAUUUCGUUUCCUCGAUAAAGAUCGCGGGAUCCGGGUGCGCUUGACGCGAAAGCGUACGAUGACAGACUGGUGGUGCGUGACAGGUGCUGCCACUAGACUAGGCUAGUUGGUCCACCGGUGGACCAGUGGAAAACAGAUAAACACAUACGCAGACACACACACACACACAUUUAAACAUUCGUACAGCAACAACAUCGCUGGACAAUGGACAACUUCGAGCCGAUUCUGGUCGACGUCGACUGCAGCCGAUACGAGGAGGACGCCUUCUCGCUGCUCGACAAGUCGCGCGAGGUUAACGUCGUACGAGACCUGCGCUCGUCGACGGUGUCGGCCUUCGAUCAGACAAGCUUUCCACAGCUGAAUAUCUCGUCGCGCACACAGCUGAAGCAGCAGCUGUACCGGGAGCAGACCAAAAACAGUGAACCCCGGGCGAGGCCACCGCCGGCUGGGGCGCCCGGGCCGGGGCCACUCGUGCUGUCGGUGCAGUUCCCGCUCGAAAGCAUCGACAUCGAGCUACCGAAGAAGGUGCUGCAGGUGGAGACGAAGCUCGAGAACCCGACGCGCUACCACGUGAUCCAGAAGCAGAAGACACAGGUCCGCGAGUACGUGACCACCGCGCUCAAGCUCAAGAAGCAGAACCUGGUGCGCGAGUCCUGCCGCCACACGCGGCUCAUGAUCCUCGGUCGGCUGUACGACUCGUUCAUCGGCGCGAAACCGCAGGUUGGUGGCCAGAUGGCCCCCGGCGGGUUGGUGGCUGGUCCCGGGAGUGUUGGUCCGGUCGCGCCGGUCCAGCUGGUGAACGGCGGUGGCGGCACAGCGAAGGAUGGACGAACCGUGCCGGGUGGCGGUGUGACUGGUAUGCCGGGAACGCCGGCCUCGCAGCAGCCGCCCGGGACGCCGGCAUCGGCGACGCCAGCCGGGACCACGGAGCAGCAGGCCGAGUGGCGGCUGGAGAUGAAGCUGUCCUGUCGGUUCGGCAACAAGCCGUACCGGACGUUCGUGGACGAGUUCGACUACGUGCGGGACCUGCUCGGGCUGAUCCGGUUCGAGAUCCCGAAGUGGCUGUUCGUGGUGUCGGAGUUCGAGGAGGAGAUCUCGUCGUACGAGUGUAGCCGGGCGGCCCGGGCAGCCCAGCAGCUGCUCCAGCAGCAGCAGCUGCAGCAGCACCAGCAGCAGUACUCCAACGACCAGGAGUACCUGCUACGCCAGAGCGUGGCCGGCGAGAAGGGCGCCAAGCAUGAGAAGUUCAUCGAGCCGGAGGUGCGCGACCGGAUCAAGAAGGACAACCACAACUGCAGUAGGUAUCGAGCUGGGGCGGGGUACGGGGACCUUUGCUCGACCGUGCUGUCAAGUUUUACUGUGGGCGCGAUGUCGCCUCCGUUUGACGGCUGUCAUCUGCUGAAGUGCCGUGCUGGCUGAUGAACGAUUAUUUCCCACCAUGGCAUUGUGAAACGUGGCGCGCGCCAGUUUUUUGACACUAAUCUCUUGCGGAGCGGCGGAAACGUUGCUCGGGGUCUCGAAACCCCCGAACAAACGGGCGCACCGCCUACGCUCUCUCUUUCUCUCCCUUUCUAUCUUUUUCCGCGAGGUUCCGCGAGCUCGACAGCCUCGGCACACACCAGGGAACGCUGCACCACGCGGACGAGAAUUCGGACGACGGACGGGCGAGUACGGACGCUGGUGGUGGUGGGGGUCACAGCAAACACCAGCACCACAAUCGAUGGCGAGUGGACGACCACCGCAAGACAAGAAGCGGCGCGCUGUUACAACCCCGCGCAACCUGAUAGCCAACUGUCAAUAA